AUGACUGGCUAUACGGACCGUUGGUCAAUAGUCAGGGUCGCAGCCGAAGAAGUCGACGCCUCACGAUCCGCUGUUGAUGAUGGUAGAGGGGAGAACUUUCUACUCCCUGGCCCGCCAAAGCCAAGUAUCACCGGCACAAUGACUGUCUAUCCGGACCUUUUGUUAAACGUCAUGGAAGAUUGCACGGAAGAGGAAGUGGCUGCCUCACUGUCCGCUGUUUAUCUGAACAGAGGGGAGUCCUACUGGGGUGGCAAUCAGGAAUAUUCUUCCGUCAAGGACUGCUUGAAGUCAAUAUGCAGACUGCACCGCGAUGUACAGUGGUGUGCAAGAUCAUAUGAUCGUUAUGUACAGACCAUGGCCAGGACAGACAGUGAUAUUGACAACGGUGAGAUCACAAUUCCUUGUGACGCUCUGGUUUUGAAUGAUAGCUUCAUGAGACUGUACAAGACCUGUAGCGAUCAAAGACAAUUUAUUCCGAGUUUAACGGCUGGAGAUUCAGACACAGCAGAACACAGGAUAUAUCAGGCGGUUCAUACAUUGAUCAAGAGCCGAGAAAUCCCCAAGAUACACCCGAACACCCAAGACACAAUUGAGUGCCUCAACAAGCUGGUCAAAGCCACAGAAGAUGCAUUUGAUACCAUUUGUUCUGCCAAACAGAUGCCAGAUCUAAAAACAAUCUGGAAUGGUCUGAGAGCCAUUGCAAUCGAAGCUCAGGCAAGGAUCACGAUGAUGCUGAUAUCAUCUCACCCAGAGGCCUACGCAAGAGAGAAUUGGUUUCAAGGACCACUUCCUAUCAUUGUCAACAAGAGCAAUGGUAAGGAGGCCAGCCUCAAGGACAGUCUGGAUUUGGUGCGGUCUGAUCCAGGAGGCAAAGAGGGCACAUGGAAUUGCUCUAACUCCAUAGAGACUGGUGACACUAUAGGGAAUCACUACGGUGAUGGUCAAGUACUUAGGGGUGACCCCGAUUCGCGCACGGCUAAACACUUGGUGACUCCACACAACAUGGACACUGUCAGUGCAUAG